GAGAUCCUCCCUCCCCGAAGGAGGGGCCGGGACGGAGGAGGACGCGCAGGAAGGCGAAAAAAGAAACAGGAGAAAAGUUUGGCCAAGAGUUUCUCCCCCGCGGCAUGGACGCCCUCAAGUCCGCCGGGCGGGCCAUCAUCCGGAGCCCCAGCUUCGCCAAACCGGGCUGGGGAGGAGGAGGAGGAGGAGGCAGGCACAAAAAGCUCCCGGAAAACUGGACCGACACCAGAGAGACCUUGCUGGAGGGGAUGCUCUUCAACCUGAAGUACCUGGGCAUGACGCUGGUGGAGCAGCCCAAAGGAGAAGAGCUCUCGGCUGCCGCUGUCAAGAGGAUUGUCGCGACCGCAAAGGCAAGUGGGAAAAAGCUCCGGAAAGUAACCCUGAAAGUAUCUCCCAGAGGAAUCAUCCUCAGUGACAGCGUAACUAAUGAACCCAUCGAAAACAUCUCUAUAUACAGGAUAUCUUACUGCACGGCAGACAAAGUGCAUGACAAGGUGUUUGCCUACAUUGCCCAGAGUCAGCACAACGAGAACCUGGAGUGCCAUGCUUUCCUCUGCGGCAAGAAGAAAAUGGCUCAAGCCGUCACCCUCACGGUCGCGCAGGCGUUCAAAGUGGCGUUUGAGUUUUGGCAGGCCUCCAAGGAAGAGAAAGAGAAGCGGGAGAAGGCCAUCUUGGAAGGAGAGAGCACAAGCGUCCCGAGUUCAGAAAUCUCAGUCUCCCCAAAAGGACCAGUCACUACCGGGAACCUCCUAGACCUGGAAAACGCUGUCAAACCCCCUUUGACCGUGAACACCAACUCGGUGCACUUAGACAGCAGCGUCUUUCGACCGCGUUCAUCAGACAAUAACAAUGUUGUGUGGGCACUGGAUGACGGUCUGGACGAAGCGUUUUCAAGAUUGGCAGAGUCUCGAACUAACCCCCAGGACCUUGACAUCGGCUUGACUGCUCAAGACCUCCAGAGUGCCGAAAUCCUGUCGCCCGUCGACUGGGAGAAAGCGGAUGCCGUGAGAGCGGGAGAGAAAGACGACCAUCUCUUUGGCUUCUGACCACGUCGUCCCUUCGUGUCCUCCCGACGAGCUUCUUUGGACUUCAUUGACCACUAUGGACCUGAUGUGCUGCCGUCUGGGUGAUUUUAACUGGAGGAGGGUGACCAAGAAGGGGAGGGACAGGGUGUACUUGGGUUUAGUUGGAUGCCGUUGUGUCACUCUGACACUCCUUUGACCAAAGCUAGAGAUAUUUUAAGGCCUCUUUCUAUGUGAUAACGUCUUUCCUUCUUCCUUUUAUUAUUAUUAUUACUUUCUGAGGGGAGGACUUUUUUUCUAUAUGUAAAUGCCGAGACACUCCUUUGAGCAUAUUUAUUCAAGAACCCCUUCAGUUUACAUAUAUUAUGGAAAUUUAGUCGCAUCAUCUAACUUUAACAUUACAGUAUUAGACAGCUUUUCCCACUGGAAUCGGCGUGCCGGGAGAUAGCAUCGGGGCCGUCUUUUGAGGGGGGAAAGGGGCCUGCUGUGCAACAUCAAAGAGAUCUUUUUCCAAGAUGAGUGUCCUGGGAAGACGUUGUACAGGCUUGUAGGUGCUGCAUGGACAAAUCUGUCUUGGGAUGCUGGUCGUGAAGUGAUUUAUAGUUUCCAAAUCACGACCUCCCCAAACUGCUGUAAGUUGGAUAGCCAGUGUCCCAGAAGCAAGCAAAAAAUACAGCAGAGUCGUUUCAUAGCAAUAUAUAUGUAUGUAUGUGUGUGUGUGUGUGUAUAUAUAUAUAUAUAUAUACAGAACAUAUAUAUAUGCUUCAGCCUGUCUAUCAGCAGUGAUAGACAUGUUGCCAGCAUCUGACCUUAUCUACACACACUGUUUAAUAGUCAUGGACCAGGUUACCAUUUCUUUUGUACCGUUUUGUUUAUUCGGAAGGCACGAAACAUUACAUCUCCCUCCAGUUUGGAAAUAUCAGUGAAACAAAAAAAGUGGGAAUGGUAACCAUUUGGUUAGCUGAUUUUUGGCGCUCGGCUGCAGGCCCUGGAAGGUGCAAACGUUUCAGGCCUGCCAGGGCCUACAGCGCUCGGUGUACUCAGCUGUAGGCCCUGGUAGGUGCUUACGUUUUGUCACCAAUGGGCUGAAAAUAUUCGUUUUUUCAGACCUUGAAUGAAAAAGCUCAUUUGGAAAGACAGGUGUUUUCAGAAGAGGUGCUCAAAAACUAAAACGGUGCCUUCCAAAGGAAACAAACAGGAAAUCUCAGUGAUACAAAAGGAAAGUAGGAACGGUAACUGUUUGGUUAGCUGAUUUUUGGUGCUUGGCUGCAGGCCCUGGAAGGUGCAGACGCUUUGGGCCUGCCAGGGCCUACAGUGCUUGGCACACUCAGCUGUAGGCCCUGGCAGGUGCUGGCGCUUUGCCACCAAUGGGCCGAAAAUAUUCGUUUUUUCGGACCUUGGACAAAAAACCCAUUCGGAAAGGUGCCCGUUUUCGGAAGAGGCGCUCAAAAACUCAAACGGUGCCUUCCAAAUGAAACAAACAGGAGCAGAUAGUGAUUCUAUACAAAAGCACAAGACUAAGUAAAAGGUAAAAGUAAAAGUUUCCCCUGAUGUUAAGUCCAGUCAUGUCUGACUCUGAGGGUUGGUGCUCAUCUCCAUUUCUGUUUAGUAAAUUCAUGGAUUCAGGUUUUCAUCCAAAAUAUCCAGAGAGUUUACUCUUCACCGUUGCAAUAUAUACAAACAGGAUACCUAGAUCCACUUUCCUUGUUGUUGCCAACCGUCAGAUUGAGCAAAUCGUCAAAUACAACAUAGGCAGAUACUCACACUGAGUCACACGGGAGAGAGAAAGAUGGAUUCUUUCAUCCUCCUUAUAUAGCCACCAGCUGAUAAGUCAUCAGUAAGGGACACUGGCUUAAGCGACUGAAUGGGAAAAGGAAAGGGCCUGAGGCUGUCAGGAAUGGUGGGAGUUGGAGUCCAAAACACCUGGAGGGAGGGCCCAAGUUUGCCUACCGAGUGGUGAAGUUGCAGUCCUGUCUUGUUCUUAUCAGUGACAAACUUGCUUCAAACUCACUUAACAAUGCCUUUAUUCUGCAUUGUCUUUACUCUUUCCAAGCUGUUUGCUCUGUUUCUUUUGCUUCCAUUAAACCCCUUUAAAUGGGAGCCGAUCUUCAGCCAAAAACCCCCACUAAACCACCAAAAGAAUUGGCUGAAGUGGCUCAAAAGCAUCGUUAUCUCCCGAUAUUGGGAGCAGGAAAUUGUGAUGCUCAAGACCCAGAGAACAAAACACUUGCCUUUGGAGUCUUCGUUGAGCAGGGAUAAGUGAUUUCUCUCUCGUCCGGCUUAAAAAGCAAAAAGCAUCUUUUAUCUUAAGACGCGUCACUUUGCACUUUAGAAACAAAGACGUGAUCUGCAGCUUGGAUCCAAAUGUCACGGCGGGGCGGUGCGGCGCUGUAACCUUUCUUUAUCGGCACCUUUUAAAAAUCCCUUUUCUUCCUCUCAAGACAGACACAUCACACAUCCGAUAGUCUUUCUCAAACUGACCUCUGGCUCUUUUGCGGCGCAAAAUCUUGGAAGGCACAUCCAUCACAUUGAUGGAGAUUAUGGACAAUUCUGCUUCCUCUAAGUACGUUUUUUUAAAUAUUUGCCAUCUGGGAAGGGAAUGCAUUGUUGACGUUUCGCUAUCAUUUUGACAGCAAUGCACAUUAUGGUUCUUGUACUUCUUCUUCCUUCCUGCAUCACCAACACCUCCUUCUCUGUGUUGUCGAAGGCUUUCAUGGCCGGAAUCACUAGGUUGCUGUGAGUUUUCUGGACUGUAUGACCAUGUUCCAGAAGCAUUCUCUCCUGACGUUUCACCCACAUCUAUGGUAGUCAUCCUCAGAGGAUUAUAUGGCAGUGUAGACUCAUAUAAUCCAGUUCAAAGCAGACAAUCUGGAUUCAGAAACUCUUCUAUAUAGCAAUGUAGAUACAACCCCAGAAGCUCCUGCCAACUUGGCCAACUUGGUCCGGAAUUUUGGGAAAUGGUUCAAAAAAAUCCAGAAGGACCAAAGUUUUGGCAUCCUUCAUCUCUACAGAACUGGGUAAGGUCUCCAUAGAGACCAGGCAUGGGCAAACUUGGGCCCUCCAGGUGUUUUGGAUUUCAACUCCCACAAUUCUUAACAGCCUCAGGCCUGAGACUGCUAGGAAUUGUGGGAGUUGAAGUCCAAAACACCUGGAGAGCUCAAGUUUGUCCGUGUCUGCUCUACAAGUAGACCAGCAAUUUCUAAACUUUGAUCUUCCAGAUGUUUUGGACUUCCAACUCUGCUUUGAACUGGAUUGUAUGGAAGUGUAGACUCAUAUAAUCCAAAGCAGACAAUCAGGAUUCAGAAACUGGUCUAUAUGGCAGUGUAGAUCCAACCCUAGAAGCUCCAGCCAACUUGGCCAACUGUAAGGAAAUUGGAGAUGGUUCAAAAAAUCCAGAAGGACCAAAGUUUGGGAGGCAGUGUUCUAGCUCCGACCAUUACUGUUGAUGAUUUUCUGUUAGCAUGGAUUUUCCCCCCCCCCAAAAAGGGAGAAUUUUUUUAAAAAUUGAUUAUUUCCCCCUCUAUGCAAGCCGAAGCAGUAGACUUAACAUGUAGCCCAGAUCUCUCAUCUCAUUCCCUUCCAUGGGCAGACUAAAUUUAAUAUUCCGUGGCCGGGCAGGGAGCCGUGAUCAUUAGAAAAAUUGCGGAAGACUGGUAUAAGAUGUUUCAUCUCUUUAUAAAUAUGCAUUUUUUCUCUCUUUCCUUCGACAGAACAUUUGGAGCGCGUUGCAUAAUCAUGCAUAAAAUAAUGCCUCCGUGUAUAUACUUAAGACUUGUGCUGUGAAAAGUACACAUGCCAUUGGAAAAAAAAAUAAACUUUCUACCUUUUUCCCAAA